CAUAUAUGUGCCCGUGUGAUAUCAACAGCUGUAUCAUUCUUCUCUCUUUAUAAAAACCUCUCUCUAUCUGAUCUCUCUAUAACCAUGUCGGAGAAGAAACGUAAAGACAUGGUAGAGAAAAGUAACAACAAGAGACAAAGAGUGACACUAACACAAGCCUCAGCCUCUCGUCCUGAGUUCAGUAUCAACGACCACCACGACGUUCUUGUUGAAAUCCUCCGGAGACUAGACGGUCCAUCUCUAUGUUCAGCCGCAUGUGUGUGCCGUCUUUGGUCAGCUGUGGCACGUAACGACUCUAUAUGGGAAGAGCUUUGUUUCCAACAAGUGUCACCACGACCAUCUUUGUCUCUUCGUUCUAUUGUCUCGGCUCUUGGUGGCUAUAGAUGUCUUUACUUCCUCUGUAUCCGUCCUGUUCUUGCAAGGCUACCUAAGCUUCUUUGGACUAGAGACCAGCUUCAGCUCUCUUUGUCGCUUUACUGUGUUCAUUACUAUGAGCGUCUUUACGUCGGCGCGUGGAUUGGUGACGCGCCACCUUCUUCGCUUAUGUUUCUUCGGAAGCCUGUUAACGUUGUCUGAACUGGAACCGGAGUUGAACCAGAAUGGUCUCUUUUUGUUUUUUUUCGAUGAUUAAUAAAAUUAUUAUUAUUUAGUUCCCAAGAUUUGUAUUCUUUUAUCAAAUUUAUUUUUUUAAUUCCGACUUUUACGGUUAUGAAAAUUUCGAUUUCUUCAAUUUUUUUUCAUUACAAGAUUUUUAUUAAUAAACGUGAUCUUUUUAUUUUUCA